UACGUGUGUGAAGCUACAUUGCGGACAGCGUAAAACCGCUUGCUUAAGCAGUUAAGUUUAAGUUUAUCAGUUGGCCUAAAUAACUUUUAACAGGGCAUCACACCUAGUAUAAUUGAAUGUGCAUAAAAUGUCCCAUGCACAACUGGUUUCAAAGCAACCAGAUGUGUGGGAGAAUCCUGCCAUGUGUAAGGGAUGGCCAUAUAGCCUAUAAAACAAAUACAUCAAGACAUAAACCAAACGUAUCGUUUAUUAAGUCAUAGCCUACAAUUUACUAUAUGAUGGACAUUAUAUUUCAUGUGGUGACAUUAUUGACAGAAAGAGGACUUUUUCUCAGGAUCUAAGACGGUUGAUCAAGGGUUGUUACACGUUCAUGCCAGCAGUAAGUAGAUCCGGACGAGCGGAAAGAUACUGUGCAGGCGCGUGAGAGAGAGCAGGGGGAAAGAAGGCACUUCGCGCCAGAGAGCGCUGGGAACGACUGAGCUAAGGAGUACGUCGAUACCAUGCAGAAAAUCGGAUUUUAUAAACCACAUGAAAAACCUCCGUAUCAAAGUCGUUAAUGAGGGAAUAGGUGGUUUGGUGAAGAACACUCAGCCAUCAUGGGGAUUCACUUGACUUCAGUGCCUGCAGUGCUCUUGCAGCUCCUCUGUGGCUGCAUAGCAAACCAAAGGCUGGGAGAGACAGCAUUGCCUGUACAGUUCACCCACUCUGUUUACAAUGCCACCAUAUACGAGAACUCAGCUGCUAAGACCUAUUUAGAAAGUCCAGUCAAAAUGGGCAUUUAUGUCACAGACCCAAGAUGGGAAAUACGGUACAAGAUUGUGUCAGGAGACAACGAGAACCUGUUCAAAGCUGAGGAUUACAUGUUAGGGGACUUCAGUUUCCUGCGGAUAAGGACCAAAGGUGGGAGCAGCGCCAUUCUCAACCGGGAGGUUAGAGACCACUAUGUGCUCACCAUCAAGGCUGUGGAGAAGAAUACCAAUGCUGAGGCACGCACCAGAGUCCAAGUUACGGUGCAGGACACCAAUGACUUGAGGCCUCUCUUCUCACCCACCUCCUACAGCAUCUCCCUACCAGAGAACACCGCCAUCAGGACCAGUGUGGCCAAGGUCACCGCGACUGAUGCUGACAUCGGGACUAAUGGCGAGUACUACUACAGCUUCAGGGAGUGGACUGAUAUGUUCGCUGUACACCCCACCAGUGGGGUUGUGACACUGACUGGAAAGCUGGAUUAUUCUGAAACCAAGUUGUAUGAACUGGAGAUCCUGGCGGUGGACCGGGGCAUGAAGCUGUAUGGGAGCAGUGGCUUCAGCAGCAUGGCUAAGUUGAUGAUCAGAGUAGAGCAGGCCAAUGAGCAUGCCCCCGUCAUCACAGCUGUCACCUUGGCCCCCUCCGGCACAGACAAAGACCCUACUUAUGCCAUAGUCACAGUGGAGGAUGGAGAUCAGGGUGCCAAUGGGGAGAUUGCAUCACUCAGUGUUGUUGCUGGGGAUCCACUCCAGCAGUUCAAGGCCAUGCGGACUAGUCCUGGGAGCAAGGAAUACAAAAUCAAAGCAGUUAAGGACGUAGACUGGGACAGUCAGCCGUUUGGAUACAACCUCACUCUGCAAGCCAAGGACAAAGGAAAUCCUCCCCAGUUUUCAUCUGCUAAAGUUAUUCAUGUCACAUCCCCACAGUUCAAAGUGGGCCCCCCCAAAUUUGAGAGGGCUGUUUACCGUGUCAACAUCAGCGAAUUUGCACCUCUCCACACACCAGUUGUUAUGGUCACAGCUGUGCCAAAAUAUCCACAUGUGAAAUAUGCAUUCAGGCACAAGAUGGAGAAAAAUCUUUUUGCCAUUAACCCAGACUCUGGCCUCAUCACAACUGCGGGACCCAUCCGCGCUGAUUAUGCCUCCAAGUUUGAGCUUGAAGUUGUCACUAGCGAUAAAAAUGCAGCUACUAAGGUCAUCGUUGAUGUCUUAAAUGUCAACAACAAUGCCCCGGAAUUCCAGCAGACCUCAUACAAGGCCGGCGUGGAUGAGAACAUGCCUGUAGGUACGAGUGUGCUGACCGUGAAGGCAACUGAUUUGGACAGUGGUGAAAAUGGGUAUGUGACAUACAGCAUCGCCAAUGCGAACCCUCAGCCAUUCAUCAUUGACUAUUUUUCAGGGGUCAUCAGCACCUCAGAACAACUUGAUUAUGAGCUUAUGCCCCGGAUUUACAAUUUGAAGGUACGGGCCUCAGACUGGGGUACUCCUUUCCGCCGUGAGGUGGAGUCGUCGGUCACAAUCACUUUGAACAAUCAAAAUGACAACAAACCCCUUUUUGAGAAUGUUGACUGUGAUGUUACUGUGCCAAGGGACCACGGUGUUAGUGAGCAGAUUACAACAGUGUCUGCCAUUGAUGCUGAUGAGCUGCAGCUUGUAAGGUACAGAAUUAAAGCAGGUAACGACUUGGAUCUCUUUGACUUGAACCCCAACUCCGGGGUCCUUUCCCUGAGACAUCCGUUGACUGAUGGUGAGGCAGCGAAAGUCUCCUUUCAUAGGUUACUAAUAAUUGCUAGUGAUGGAGAGCAUGAAACACAGCCAGUGGCAAUGAACAUCACUGUCAUAACUUCACACAAGCCAGUCCAUGUCAAAUGCAUUGACACCGGUGUUGCCACAAUGCUGGCUGAGAAGCUGCUUCAAGGAAGCAAAAUCCAUAGUCAGGUGGAAGUUGAAGAAAACUUUUUAGACACUCACUCAGUGAACCGCUUCGCUCCUCUGUUCACUGACUCUUUUCCCAGUGUAAUUGAGGUGAAAGAGGAUCUGCCAGUUGGGGCUAGGAUUGUGCAUCUCUCAGCAUCAGAUGAAGACAGCGGUUUCAAUGGAAAACUAGUUUAUGUCAUCUCUGGGGGUGAUUCUGAGAGCCGCUUUGUGGUAGAGAUGGAUACUGGUUGGCUCCAAGUGUAUGCACCCCUAGACCGCGAGACUAAGGAUCACUACACUCUUAACAUCACUGUGUACGACCUAGGGAUACCUCAGAAGUCUUCAUCACGCCUCUUAGAUAUUAAGACUCUUGAUGCUAAUGAUAAUGUCCCACAGUUCCUCCAGGAUAGUUACUUUGUAGAAAUUAGUGAGAGUAUAGCAGUAGGGACGGAAAUCAUUCAGGUGGAGGCAAAAGAUAAGGACCUUGGAGAUCACGGGGUGGUCAGGUACUCUAUUUUGGCUGACACCAGUCAAUUUGCUAUCGAUGAGGAGACUGGUGUUGUGAGUGUAAAGAAGCCUCUGGAUCGUGAAGUACACCCGAGUUUCACCCUGCGCAUCGCGGCACGCGACCAAGCAACUGCUGAACCACAACUUGUGUCAACCGUGUUGCUCAAAAUUGUUCUUGAAGAUGUCAAUGACAACCCCCCAAAGUUCAUCCCACCCAACUACCGGGUAAAGGUACGUGAGGAUCUUCCCAUUGGCACUGUGAUUAUGUGGCUGGAGGCCCAUGACCCUGAUGUCGGACCUUCCAGCCAGGUACGAUACAGUCUGGUGGACAAUGGGGAAGGGAAAUUUGAAGUGGACAAACUCAGCGGGGCCGUGCGCAUCGUUCAGAACCUGGACUAUGAGAAGAAGCAGGUGUACAGCCUCACGGCGAGGGCCAAGGAUAAAGGAAAGCCAAUGUCUCUGUCUUCCACCUGCCACAUCGAGGUGGAGGUGGUGGAUGUGAAUGAAAACCUAUACCGGCCUUGGUUCCCGUCGUUUGUGAGUAAAGGAUUUAUCAAAGAAGAUGCGCCGAUCGGUACUUCAGUGAUGAAAGUGUCUGCUCAGGAUGAGGAUAAAGGCAUAGAUGGAGAGGUGCGGUACUCCAUAAGGGAUGGCUCAGGCCUCGGGAUAUUCUCCAUCGAUGAAGAGACUGGUGUCAUCCGCACCCAGGAGCUCCUUGAUCAUGAGACCACAUCACACUACUGGCUGACUGUAUAUGCCACCGACCGGGGUGUGGUCCCGCUCUCGUCCUUCGUAGAAGUCUACAUGGAGGUGCAGGACGUGAACGACAACGCGCCACAGACCUCAGAGCCCGUCUACUAUCCCACGGCAAUGGAAAACUCACCCAAGGACGUGUCCAUCAUCCAGAUUGAGGCCUUUGACCCAGACACACGCUCCAGCGAGAAGUUGUCCUACCGCAUCACCAGCGGCAACCCACAAGGCUUCUUCGCCAUCAACCCCAAGACAGGUCUGGUCACCACUACCUCAAGAAAGCUGGACCGGGAACAGCAGAACGAGCACAUUCUCGAGAUCACAGUGUCUGACCAUGGCGUACCAGCCAAGUCUACAACCGUGCGUGUGGUUGUCCAGGUGCUGGAUGAGAAUGACAACAGGCCACAGUUUUUGGAGAAAAUCUAUAAGAUCAAACUGCCUGAGCGAGAGAAACCAGAGAAGGAGAGGGCCCUGAAGAGAGAUCCCGUCUACCGUGUCAUCGCCUCUGACCGGGACGAGGGACCCAAUGCAGAGAUCUCCUACAGCAUCGAGGAAGGAGACGAGCAUGGCAAGUUCUUCAUCGAGCCCAAGACCGGCCUGGUGUCCUCCAAGAAGUUUUCCUCUGCGGGAGAAUAUGACAUCCUUACGAUCAAAGCUGUGGACAACGGGCGUCCCCAGAAGUCCUCCACCUGUCGGCUGCACAUCGAGUGGAUCCCCAAGCCAGAGCCGACGGCCACCCCGCUGGUUUUCGAGGACACCCCCCUCACCUUUUCUGUCAUGGAGAACGACCCUGUGGCUCACAUGGUGGGGGUCAUCGCCAUGGAGAAUGCAGAGACGCCUGUCUGGUUUGAGAUCACAGGAGACAUAGAGGAUAAAGAAGUGUUUUACAUCGUUCAGAUGGCUUGUGACCUGAACUGUACAGCAGAAGGUGGGAACUACGACAGCCGUUUUGACGUGGGCAAGGCAAGCGGCACCCUCAUCGUAGCCAGACCCCUUGACGCUGAGCAGAAAUCAAAUUACAACCUGACGGUGGAGGCAACAGAUGGAACCUCAUCAAUCAGCACCCAGGUGCUGAUCCGAGUGAUUGACACCAACAACCACAGGCCUCAGUUCUCUCAGCCCAAGUAUGAGGUGAGCAUACCAGAGGACACAGCGCCGGACACAGAGGUUCUACAGAUCAGCGCCACCGACCAGGACGAGAAGAACAAGUUGACCUACACGCUCCUAAGCAGCACGGACCCCUUCAGUCUUCGCAAAUUCAGACUGGACCCAGGAACCGGAGUGUUGUACACCGCCGAGAGACUGGACCACGAAACCAUGCGGACACACACGCUCACAGUUAUGGUUCGAGAUCAAGACAUCCCAGUGAUGCGCAACAUGGUGCGAGUUAUUGUCAACGUGGAAGACACCAACGACAAUGCCCCAUGGUUCUCAGGCACUCCGUACGUGGGCCGGGUGUUUGAGUCUGCGACUGUCGGCUCAGCCGUUCUCCAGCUCACAGCCCUGGAUAAGGACAAGGGCCAGAAUGCUGAGCUCACGUACAGCAUAGAGUCAGGAAAUGUUGCAAAUUCAUUUGCCAUUGAUCCUAUCCUGGGAACCAUUACUGUGGCAAAGGAACUUGACCGUAACAGCCAAAGUCAGUUCCAGCUGGUGGUGAAAGCAACUGACAAGGGAACACCGUCCCUGAGUGCCACAUCAGCAGUUGACAUGACUGUGACAGUGUCUGACAAUGCCACACCAAGAUUUACAGAGAAGGAGUACUCAGCAGAAGUUAGUGAAUUGGCCCAGCCAGGCAGCUUUGUGCAUCUGGUUUCAGCCAGCAGUCAGUCGUCUGUUUUCUACCAGAUUAAAGAGGGGAAUAUUAACGGAGCUUUUGACAUCAACCCCAACUCAGGAGUUGUGAUAACUCAACUGCCACUGGAUUAUGAAGCAGCUCCCUCCUACAAGCUCACCAUUCAGGGAACCAACAUGGCAGGGCAGGCCAGCAACACUACGCUCCUUGUCCAUCUGAAAGAUGAGAAUGAUAAUGCACCCAUAUUUAUCCAGGAUGAGUUCAUUGGGACAGUCAGUGAGUCAGCACCUGUCAAUAGCAUCAUUCUGACCAGAGACAACACCCCAUUAGUCAUCCGAGCCUUAGAUGCGGACCAGGAUGCCAGCUCCCGCUUAGUUUAUCAGAUAGUUGAGCCAUUUGCCCAUAACUACUUUGCUAUCGACUCUAGCACAGGAGCAAUCAGGACAACCACUGAGCUGGACUAUGAGCAGAGAAACACUUUCCGUUUUACGGUACAGGUGCAUGACAUGGGUUUGCCCCGACUCUUUGCUGAGAAGGCUGCAAAUGUAACCAUUGAAGUCAUCGAUGUCAAUGACUGCUCACCUAAGUUUAACCAGGACCUUUAUGAGACCACAGUGUUAGUGCCGACAUACAAAGGGGUCAAGGUGAUUGCGGUCAAUGCCACAGAUGGAGACUCUGGGCCAAAUGCCAGACUUAUCUAUUCCAUCUCAGAGGGCAACAUUGGAGACAAGUUUAAAAUGGACCCCAUUUCUGGAAUUAUCUCCAUACAGAACGUCACACAGCUGAGAAGCAGGUAUGAGCUGAGAGUCAGAGUGUCUGAUGGCAGGUUUGCCAGCACAGUUCCAGUGAAGAUCAAUGUUAGAGAGAACAAAGAGAGCACUCUGAAACUCAAACAGACUUCUUACAAGGCCUCAGUUCAAGAGAACUCUUCAAAAAAGAAGACCUUAGCUGUCAUCACAGCGGUUGGAAACCAGGUCAAUGAACCUCUAUUCUUCACCAUUCUCAACCCAGACAAGAGGAUUGAAAUCAGCCGCACCUCUGGAGCUCUGUCAACCACAGGCAUACCGUUUGACCGAGAAGAACAGGACACCUAUGAUGUGGUGGUUGAGGUAACCAGGGAAGACUUAGAAGAGGUGGCCCAUGUUCUGGUGACAAUAAGUAUAGAGGAUGUCAAUGACAAUCCACCCAUGUUUGUCAACCUACCAUACCAUGCCCUUGUCCAGAUGGAUGCUCAAGUGGGCCAGGUCAUCCGACAAGUCACAGCUGUAGACUCUGACAUUGGCAACAAUGCUGAGAUAUUUUAUCACCUGCAAGAUCAAAAUGAAUACGUUCAGAUAAGCCAGACUGGGGAAAUCUCCCUAAAAAGACAAUUUGAGAAAGAAUACCUAAACACUGAAUUUGUAGUAACUGUGGUAGCUAGAGAUGAGGGUGAGCCAUCCCUUUCUGCCUCUGUGGAAGUGCCGAUUACUGUGGUGAGCAAGGCUAUCCCAUUGUUUGAGAAGUCCUUCUACAGCCUGGAGAUCCCAGAGAAUAUACAGUUGCUUACUCCAGUUGUGCAUGUCCAAGCUAAUGAAUCAGAGGGCCCUCGUAUUGUGUACACCAUCUCUGAAGGAGACCCUCUCAGUCAGUUCUCCAUCAACUUUAACACUGGAGUUAUUCAGGUGAUUCAACCAUUGGACUUUGAAACGCACCCAGCUUACAAGUUGAGUGUGAGUGCAACAGACUCCCUGACUGGUGCAAAGUCUAGUGUUUUUGUUGAUAUUAUUCUGGAAGAUGUCAAUGACAACCCUCCAGUGUUCCAAGAAAAGUUCUAUGAGACAAGUCUCUCGGAAGCCUCGGUUAUUGGAACAUCUGUGUUGCAGGUCUCUGCCACAGAUGCAGACACAGGAAACAAUAAAGUCAUCUUCUACCAGAUAGUAGAGAACAAGGAAAAGAGCUCAGAUUAUUUCACGAUUGACCGUGACACUGGUGUAAUUUCGACAGCUCGGACUCUUGACCAUGAGGAAACGACCCAGAACAAGUUGACUAUAAGAGCCGUGGAUGGAGGAGUGCCUGCUCUUUCCAGUGAGGUUGUUGUGACGGUGCAUGUCACAGACCUGAAUGACAAUGCUCCAGUUUACUCACAGACAGUUUACGAGGCCAGUGUCAGUGAAAUGGCACCUCGUGAACACUUUGUCACCCAAGUGCAGGCCUCUGAUGCUGACAGCUCAGACGCUGGGAAGUUGGAGUUCUCCAUUCUCUCUGGCAACGAAGCACAGAACUUCGCCAUGGACAAAACUACGGGUGCAAUUACCAUCUCUAACCACAGGAAACCACAUAUAGAGCCUCUUCACAAGCUCAAUGUAUCUGUAUCCGAUGGUGUCUUUAGGAGCUGGGCCCUUGUUAAGGUGACAGUUUUUGGGGCCAACUUCCAUAAUCCAACCUUCCCACAAGUUGAUUAUGUUGUUGAACUGCUUGAGAAUACCCCAGCUGGCACCUUGGUUGCAGAGGUCGAGGCAAAUGAUGAUGAUUCAGGAACAUAUGGACAGCUGACCUACCACAUUCUAAAUGACUUUGCUAAAGACAAGUUCUCUGUUAGCGAGAAAGGGCAGAUUUUUACCUUGGAGAGCUUGGAUCGUGAGAAUCCUCUUGAUAAAGUCAUCCCGAUAUCUCUGAUGGCCAAAGAUGGUGGUGGAAAAGUGGGUUUCUGCACCAUUAAUGUGAUCCUUACAGACAUCAAUGACAACACUCCGCAAUUCAGAGCUGCAGAGUACAGGGUCAAUGCUGCUUCAGAUGUUCCCAGAGGAACCACCGUGGUUAAAAUCAUGGCCUCGGAUACGGAUGAAGGAAGUAACUCUGACAUCACCUAUGCCAUAGAGACAGAUUCUGAGAGUGUGCAAGAGAACUUUGAGAUCCAUCCACUCACUGGUGUCAUUGUGACUAAAGAGAGUCUCAUUGGAUUGGAGAAUAACCUCUACACCUUCUAUGUGAGGGCAAAGGAUGCAGGAAACCCUUCAAAACAGUCUCUUGUCCCUGUCUAUAUUCGAAUUCUGGCUCCAGAAGUGCCAGUACCAAAAUUUGUUGAGCCUCAUUACAGAUUUGCCAUUGACGAGGACCUCCCAAUUGGUUCAGAAAUUGACGUCAUCCAGGCAGAAAGUGAACAGCCCGUCAUUUAUAGCCUGGUGAAGGGAAACACUGUAGAGAGUAACCUAGAUGAGAUCUUUGUAAUUAACAGAGAAAGCGGGUCCUUGAAGUUGGAAAAGAGCUUGGAUCAUGAAACUACCAAAUGGUAUCAGAUUACACUACAAGCGCAGAGUGAGAACGAAGUUGGAGAGGUGGUGGCUUCUGUGGAUAUCAACAUCCAGGUUAAGGAUGUCAAUGAUAACCGGCCCCUUUUCCAGGCAAACCCAUAUGAAGCAGUUGUGGUUGAGAACCUCCCAAGUGGGACCUCAGUGAUCCAAGUCAAGGCCACAGAUCUGGAUUCUGGCACCAAUGGCCAGGUGGUGUAUAGCCUGGACCCCACCCAGGAGUCAAAGGAGAUUGCGGAACUGUUUGCUGUCAACAGCGAGACGGGAUGGGUGACGACACUUAAAGAGCUGGACCGUGAGAAGAAAAGCAAGUACACUGUGGCUAUCUUAGCCACAGACCGUGGAGACAAAGCGCAGCUGGUGGCCAGCACUAAGGUGGAGGUGAUGGUGGCGGAUGUGAACGACAACCCGCCCCGCUUCACGGCCGAAAUCUACAAGGGCACAGUGAGUGAAGAUGACCCACCACCAAGUGGGGUGAUAGCCAUCCUCAGCACAACCGACGCUGAUGCAGAGGACAUCAAUAAACAAGUGAACUACUUCAUCACAGGAGGCGAUCCCUUGGGACAGUUUGCCAUCGAGCAUAUCCAGAACGAGUGGAAGGUCUCUGUCAGGAAGGCCCUGGACCGGGAGGAGAGAGACAAUUACCUGCUGAACAUCACCGCCACUGACGGUACCUUUGUGGCCAAGGCUGUCGUAGAGGUCAAGGUGUUGGAUGCCAAUGACAAUAGCCCUGUGUGUGAGCAGUCGCUCUACAUCGAGUCUGUUCCGGAGGACGCUUCUCCAGGCAGGCUCAUCCUACAGGUCUCCGCCACAGACGCGGACAUCCGCUCCAAUGCCCAGAUCUCCUACGAGCUGGUGGGACCCGGGGCACAGCACUUCAUCAUGGACCCAGACACAGGUGAGCUGAAGACGUCACAGCCCCUGGACCGUGAGGAAGAGGCAGUGCACAAGAUGACGGUGCGGGCACUGGAUGGUGGGGGGAGGUACUGCGAGGCUGAUGUGGAGAUAACAGUUGAGGACGUGAACGACAACGCUCCACAAUUCUCAUCCGACCUCUACGCCAUCACUGUCUUUGAGAACACGGAGAUACACACCAUUGUUGCACGUCUUCAGGCCACUGAUGCUGACACAGGCUCCAACGCUCAGAUAGUGUUCUCCCUGGCCGAGUCGGCCGAUGGCGCCUUCUCCGUGGACGAGCAGAGCGGCCUGCUGCGCCUGGAGCAGCCGCUGGACCGCGAGCUGCGCUCCCUCUACACGCUGCGGGCGCGCGCCACCGACCUGGGUUCCCCGCGCCGCCUCUCCUCGCUAUGUGACAUCAGUGUGUCUGUGCUCGACAUCAACGACGACCCGCCCGUCUUCGAGCGCCGCGAGUACGCCGCCACGCUGGCCGAGGACGUGGCUGUGGGCAGCCAGGUGCUGCGAGUGCACGCCACCAGCCGCGAGAGGGAGGGCGCCAGUGAGAUCACCUACGCCAUCGUCAGCGGCAACGAGCGUGCGGCCUUCCGUGUGGAGCCCUCAACAGGUGACAUAUUUGUGAUUGAGAGUCUGGACUAUGAGACCUGCCAUGAGUUCUACCUGACAGUGGAGGCCACGGAUGGAGGCGCCCCACCGCUGAGCGACAUGGCAACUGUCAACAUCAACCUGACAGAUGUCAAUGACAACAGUCCACUCUUCAGCCAGGGUGUCUACUCUGCUGUGGUCAGCGAGGACUCAGAUCUUGGAAAGGCUGUUGUGACGGUCAUGGCCGAUGAUGCCGACGGACCCUCCUUCAACCAGGUGCGCUACUCCAUCAUCGACGGUAACCAGGGCAACCCCUUCACCAUCGACGGGGUGCGAGGAGAGGUGAAGGUGGCACGGCCGCUGGACCGAGAGAAGACCUCUGGCUACACUCUAACGGUUCUGGCGUCAGACAGUGGAACCCCACCCAGAUCCAGCAGUGCCACGGUCAACGUGGACGUGUCGGAUGUCAACGACAACCCACCGCUCUUCUCUCAAGGCAACUACACGCUCAUCAUCCAGGAGAACCGACCGGUGGGCACCAGCGUUCUGCAGUUCACCGUGACGGACCGUGACGCCACGCACAACGGCCCACCCUUCACCUUCUCCAUCGUUAGUGGCAACGAGGACAGCGCCUUCCAGAUCAACCCCCAGGGGGAGCUAGUGGCCGCCAUUUCGCUGAGGCGCCAGGCCAAAGACCAAUACCUCCUGCAGAUACAGGUGUCAGACAGUGGUCGUCCCCAGCUUCACUCCUCUGCGCUGGUUGGCGUGCGGGUGAUCGAACAGAGCGUGCACCAUCCGGCCAUCCAGCCCCUGGAAGUGUUUGUGACCAUAGCUGGCGAGGGGUACGCCGGUGGGGUGCUGGGCAAAGUCCACGCCACCGACCAGGACGUGUAUGAUACACUCACCUACAGCCUGGUCCACUCCCCCGUCUCGGCCCUCUUCGCCAUCUCUCCGACUGACGGCAAACUCGUGGCGGUUGGGGCACUGGACGUUGGGCUGUACGAACUUAACGUCACCGUGACUGACGGCCACUUCAGCACUACGGCUACGGUUAAAGUUCAUGUGCGCCCCGCCGAGCGGCGUGCUCUGGAAAAUGCCAUCGGCGUGCGCUUCGCCGCCAUUGCGCCUGAGGAGUUCAUCGCUGACUACUGGCGCAACUUCCUGCGGGCGCUGCGGAACAUGGCAGGGGUGCGGCGUGGUGAGGUGCAGCUGGUGAGCCUGCAGCCGGCAGCCGAUGCCUCUGGGGACCUGGAGGUCCUUCUGGCCCUGGAGCGUUCUGGAAGCCCAUAUCAGCCUCAGGAGGUGGUGUUCCGUAAGCUCAACGCCUCGGCUGCUGUCAUGGAAGAGAUGACUGGCGUGCGUAUUGUGCGUGUCAUCAAGAAGCUCUGUGCCGGACUGCCUCCUGAUUGCCCACAGAGAUUCUGUCAGGAGACGGUCACCUUGGAGUCUGCCGCCAUGGCGACAUACAGCACUGCGCGGCUGAGCUUUGUCACACCGCGACACCAGCGCCAGGCCACCUGCCUGUGCGAAGGAGGCAAAUGCCCCGUGUUGAACAAGCAGUGUGAAGAGGGUUCUUGCCCCGAUGGAGCAGAGUGCAUGUCACUUGAGAAGGACGGCAAGUUCAGCUGUGAGUGUGCAGAUGGCAGGCAAUGCUCAGUUUCCCCAGCGGGCCCAUCCCUGACGUUCAGUGGGAAUGGCUAUGCCCGCUACAGGCUGAUGGAGAACGAGAACAAGGAGGAGAUGAAGCUGUCCCUGAGGCUCAGGACUUUCUCGAGUCAUGCUACAGUCAUGUAUGCCAAAGGCACAGACUACAGCAUCCUGGAGAUUGUGAACGGCCGUCUGCAGUAUAAGUUCGACUGUGGCAGCGGGCCAGGCCUGGUUUCUGUGCACAGCACCCAGGUUAACGAUGGCGAGUGGCACAGCGUCACGCUCGAAGUUGACGGCAACUACGCCAAGCUGGUUCUGGACCACGUGCACGCCGCCUCCGGAACUGCCCCGGGCACACUCCGCACCCUCAACCUGGACACCAGCAUGUACUUCGGUGGCCAUGUGCGCCAGCUGGGCACCCGACACGGCCGGAGCGUGCCCCCGGUCAACGGGCUCCGGGGUUGCAUGGAGGCGCUGGAGUUGAAUGGGCAGGAGCUCCCGCUGCGCGCCAACGGCAGGGCCCCUCACGCCGUGCUGGAGGAGCUGGUGGACGCAGCGCCUGGGUGCAGCUUGGCAGCGCUGGCCGACGGUUGCUCCAGCAACCCCUGCACCAAUGGAGGAACCUGCUCCUCUCUGCCCAAUGGAGGCUUCUUCUGCAAGUGCAGCGCAGCCUUCAUGGGCACCAACUGUGAGAUUGGCAUUAGCCCUUGUGCCUCCAACCCCUGCCUGUAUGGGGGAACCUGUAUCCCGCGAGGAGACGACUACUACUGCCAGUGCCGCGGACAGUAUUCUGGCCAGCGGUGCCAGUUGGGCCCGUACUGCACUGACAAUCCGUGCAAAAACAGCGGCAAAUGCAUAGACAGUCUGGAUGGACCUGUUUGUGAAUGCGAACCUGGAUUCCAGGGUGACAGAUGCCUGAGUGAUGUGGACGAGUGUGUGACAAACCCCUGUGCCAACGGAGGGCAGUGCCAAAACACCUAUGGGUCUUACAACUGCAACUGCUCUCGCGGCUUCGGUGGGCGUCUGUGUGAGGAGCUUGUGGAAGUUCGCAACGAGUUUAUUUCCACCUCGUGGAACAUUGGGUUGGAGGAGGUGGUGGGCAUUGUGGUGUUUGUAGCGAGCAUCUUCCUCCUGGUGCUGCUUUUCGUGGUGGUGAGGAAACGUGCGUGCCGCCGCAAGUCCAAAUCGGGAAACGGCGAGGACAACAAGCGUUCUGGGGGCUCGGCGCCACACACUUUCCGGCCGUACUUUGACACAAAGCUAAACAAGAACAUUUAUUCAGACAUUCCCCCUCAGGUCCCCGUACGCCCCAUCUCAUACACUCCCAGCAUCCCCAGCGACUCACGCAACAACCUGGAUCGCAACUCUUUCGAGGGCUCUGCCAUCCCCGAGCACCCAGAGUUCAGCACCUUCAACCCCGACACGGUCCACGGACACCGCAAGACUGUGGCCGUGUGCAGUGUAGCGCCCAACCUGCCCCCACCCCCACCCUCCAACUCCGUCUCUGACAGUGACUCCAUUCAGAAGCCCAGCUGGGACUAUGAAUAUGAUGCUAAAGUGGUAGAUCUGGACCCUUGCUUGACUAAGAAAUCGAUGGAGGACAGUGCUUGCCAUCCUUACAACACAAGGGGGAGCAUGUCAGAGGUCCAAUCACUUAGCUCCUUCCAGUCAGAAUCCUGUGAUGACAAUGAGUCAUUCUCAGUUCAUGAGCUCAAGACCCCGAGAGGCUACCACUGGGACACAUCUGAUUGGAUGCCGAGCGUCCAGCUCCCUGGGAUCCAGGAGUUCCCGCAGUACGAGGUGGUGGAGUCACCAUUAGCAACAACCGGGGCAGGGCUCUACAGCGACCCCUCCGCCAUGGACACCGACUACUACCCUGGUGGUUAUGAUAUCGAGAGCGACUUCCCUCCCCCACCAGAUGACUUCCCCGCCCAUGAUGACCUCCCCCCGCCCCCUCCCCUCCCACUGCUGCCAGCGCCCGACUACGGCGAGCCCUACGACACGCUCCAGACGCCCGGUGCCCCGAGGAGCCCGCGCUCCUCCCCGCGGGUGCGCCAGCGUCCCCCCUUGCCCCAGCUCUACAGCCUGAGCCAGUACCUGCCCCAGCACCACUACCCCUUGGACCACCCCGACUCCCCCGGAAGCCCCUUCAGCAACACCCUGACUUCCAACACCACCCCCACCAACACCACCGCCGCGGCAGCAGGGACGGGCGGGAGCGGUGGCAGGGGCGACAGCGGCGGCGGCUACCGGGGGGGCUUCCCCAAUGGCUACGAGCCACCGGCGUUGGACAACAUGUCGCUGUCGCUCUACACGUCCACGGCGUCCUGCUCGGACAUGUCGGCGUGCUGCGAGGAGUCCGAGGCCAUGCUGAGCGACUACGAGAGCGGAGACGACGCCGCGUUCGAGUGCCUCACGCUGCCCUCGCUGGACUCCCAGCAGCACACUGAAGUCUGACACUGGAUCCCAAACAAACACCACGACAAAAAAAAAAAAAAAGACAAAAAAAAAAAAAAACAUGCAAACACACAUCCAUAGCCGUGUCUCAUACCGCCUACUUUACGAAGUACACUGCAAUACAGUGCGUAGUGCACAAUAAGCACUUACAUCUGUAGUGCGUUCUGUCGCUGAUUAGAUUUGUAGGCGUUUUGAGACACGGCCCUAGUCAACAAAAGAAGAAGUGCCUGAACCCUUGACCUGAAAAGAAAAAUAAUAAUACAAAUAAAGUCAUAAAUAAAUAAAUACAGUGAUGAUGCCACCUCCAGUGAGCACACCCUCUGCACACCAUCACAGUGUUCACAUGCACACAAACAUGCGUACACACAUUGGAUCUUAUCGCAAACAACUGAGGUGGUUGUAGAGACUCUUUCGGCGCGGCGCGGAAUUCUUUUCGGUAGCGAGGAGAGACAGUUGCCCUGAACUCUGAAAGCUGUCUCUUGUGAACUCUCCUCUGCCUGCUGUACUGGGAAGCACAUUUGAGUUGGCUGUGCCAUUCACUUUAAGUAACAGACAUCAUGCAGAAGAAGAGGAUCCAUGCUGAGAUGAAUAACUGAAGAAGACAGAAUAAUAAAGAUAUAUAAACCACCACGACAAUAAUGAGAUACGUUUCAAAAGGUACAUCUGUAUUCGUAAAGGUACAAACCAUGCAAAAAGAUUUUUUUUUUUUUUUUUAAAUACGAAUUCUCGUUCAUUUCCAAUGUAAAUUUAAAUGUACAGUUUUGAUUUCAAGGUUUACUAGGUUUUGUAGAUAUUUUAUGCUUUUUAUUUCCAAAAAAAAAAGAGAAGACAAGCCCUAAAUGUUGUCAUUAUCAGCCUUACUGUAUCUGUAUUUCACAAAAAGAAAAAAGUUGUUUAAAGAUGGAAAGAGAGAUAGAGACGUACAAGUUCAUGUCAAGUUUUUUUUUUCCUGUUCAUUUCAAAAGAAAACUUAAAAAAGGGGGUCAGCGGUGGGCGACUGCAUAUUCUUGUGUUCUUUUUUUAUGAACUGUUUGUUUGUUUUGUUUGUAAAUUGCGACUUUGAAACCUCUUUUAUUUUUCCACCACAAAAUGGGACCCAAUAUAUUUAUAGUUGGAGGAGAUUCAUGGACACGUGUCUGUUUUUCAGGUGUCUGUGCGUGUGUGUGAGCGACUCUACGGUCUUGUUACGGUUUUUAUUGAAUACUGCCACUAGCUCACGCUUUCAUACUGGCAAUAAAUUAUUCAAAAAAAUAAUAAA